CCCUACCAUAAAUGUCUUUACUUUUUUAAUUUGAGGAUUUUGAAGCCAAUCAAGAAUUGAAGAUUCUAAUCAAAUUUUUCAGUUUUCAUUUUAGUAUUUAACAAUUGCCUAUUUUAAUGUAAGAUUGAGAUUCAAAUCGAGCAAAUGAUUCAUAAUAGUAAAGAAAAUAAAAACAAGUCCGCUUUGAGCACAAGAUGGGCGCAAAUGUCAAAGCAAGAACAAAUUAUAGAAAAGAAGAAGAUAGAAAUCCAAGCAAAACUAGAGGCACAAAAGCAGGCGGCGGCACUUGCCGCUCAAGCGAAACUGUCUAUCACCAAACCCCAGGAUGAUAAUAAAGGGAAUAUAUUUUCAAAUGAUGGCAGCUUUAUGAGCCAAUUUAAAGCCCUCUUAGACAAACAAAAAAAGGAAAAGGAAGUUGCUGAAGAACAGCUAAAGGACAAAGUAGCUUCUGAAGCGAAAAAGAGAGAGCAAAAUAUUAAAUUGGAAGAUGUGAAGUAUGCUCAAGAUAAUAGGUAUGAAGAAGGACAUAUUGCUCUCAGUGAAGACAGGAGGCGGUCUGGUGAAAAAGGAAAUAGGGAAAGACAUCGCAGAUGGAGUGAUAGAAGCCGCAACCGACCCCAUAGUCCUAUGACACCUGUAAUUGAGGAUAGAAAGAAACCUCUUGAUAACAAAAUAAUCCCACCUCUAAUGCAAAUACCUAUUUGUCCCUCUGAAGAUCAAAACUCUGACUCUGGCCAUCAAUGGCAAGGUGAUAACUCUGAAGAUGCCGAUUCCAAUCCAGAACUCCCACCUAACAAUAUGAUGGGGGGACCGGGUAUGAUGGGUCCACGGCCUAUGGGCCCAGGACCAAUGGCUCCUGGUCCAAUGGGUCCAGGUCCAAUGGGCCCAAGUACUAUGGGUCCAGGUCCCAUGGGUCCAGGUCAAAUGGGUGCAGGUCAAAUGGGUCCAAAUCCAAUCGGGCCAGGUCCAAUAGGCCCAGGACCAAUGGGUCCAGGAUCCAUGGGACCUGGACCUAUGGGUCCAGGGCCAAUGGGUCCAAAUCCAAUGGGUUCAGGUACCAUGGGUUCAGGGCCCAUGGGCCCAGGUCCUAUGGGUCCCGGGCUCAUGGGGCCAGGGCCAAUGGGUCCUAGACCAAUGGGACCUGGAAUUCAUAUGGGUCUAAGACCCGGAAUGGGACCCGGCCCAGGUGGUCCUCCUUUUAUGUGUCCACCCAAUUUCACAAUGCCCCCGAAUUUUAUGGGUCCAAGUGGGACAGGUGGGCCAUGUGGCCCAGGCCCCAUGUCUUCUAAUAUGUGUGCUCCCGGUGGGUCUAACAAUUCAGUUCCUGGUCCGAAUGGUCCAGCACCGCCUUUUUUUGGUCCACCUUUUCAGAAUCCACCUAUGAUAGGCCCACCAAAUUCAAUGAUGUCAAAUAAUAAUGGAAAUAUGCCUUUUGGGGCCCCUACUCCACCUUUUGGACCUAAUGGUUCCAACUUUGGACUAAAUGGUCCCAAUAUGAAUAACCAGAGUCAGAAUAUGUCAUUCUUGCCAACUACCUCCAACAGUUCCAUUCCCCUCCAUUCCAACUCUGAGCCAAAGCCCGUAGACGCAGGGAGUAUACGGCCCACUGAGCCAAUGAAACUUCAAAGUAUCCCACCUCCGAUGCCUCUGCCUCUGAAUAAUAUUCCAAAGCCGAAGGACAUGGACCCUGGGAACAUUCCCGUGCCGUCUAAUUCUUUGCAAGUUCUCUCUACAGAUAUCCCGCCGGCUGUCCAGCGCGCAGCCGCCGAGGUCGCUACCAACGGCGACCACUGGGAAAAUGUCCUGAAAGCAAUUCACUCACAAGAUCAAAAUAUGUGGUUCCUUCAUAACACAAACUCCAAUGAGUACAAGGCGUUCAGGGAGCUAGUACGCAAGAUGAGAGAUGACGGGGAACACAAACAUGAAGUGAAGCCCGAGGACAAAUAUGAACCGGAGUUUUCUUUAGAGGACGAUGACAGUAGCGACAGUAGACCUUAUUUCAAAGAAGAGAAGAGUCAUAGUUACAACGAUUCAAAUAGCCAACCGCGUUGGAAUAUGGGCGUCAAGCGCGAACAGGCGAGCUCUCAAAGCGACGAGGAGCCGGAAGCGAAGAAAGAGAGAAGACGCAAGAAGAAGUCCAGGUGGGGCGACGACCCCCCCGCCGACAUCAAACCUCCAAGACUCGUGUUUCCCCCACCGCCACCACCGCCUGUUAUAACACCUGGUGUCCAGCUAGCCAAAAUAGACGAGGAAGGCCUAAAGUUGACUACAAUGAACCGCAACAAUCACGCGUUGAUGCAGUACGCUAUGACCAACUACGGGACCACCAACCUCAGCCCGGAGGACUGGAAGAAGUGUGAAGACAACUUCAAACUCAACCUUCUUUAUCAGGACAUGCUGAAAAAACGCCAAGAAGUGGAGAGGCUGGCGUACGCUGGGAAACACAAGUAUGAAUACGACAGCGACGAGGACACGUCUGAUGGGACCUGGGAACACAAGUUGCGUGCCAAAGAGAUGACAGCUACAGAACGGUGGGCCACGGAGCUCACCAAACAAGCGGCAGGGAAACAUCACAUUGGCGACUUCUUGCCACCCGAGGAACUCAAAAAAUUUAUGGAGAAGUAUUCAGCGGUGAAAAGCGGCAAGGAACCAGACCUGAGCGACUACAAGGAGUUCAAACUUAAAGAGGACAAUGUUGGUUUCAAAAUGCUGCAGAAGUUGGGCUGGAAUGAAGGCCAGGGUCUCGGUGCUGAGGGUACCGGUAUAGUGGAACCGAUCAAUAAGGCGCAGCAGCCGCUGUCCACACUGGGGCUGGGCGCGGACGCGGCGGACGGCGUGGCGGCGGACGACGACGAGUUCGACGCCUACCGCAAGCGCAUGAUGCUGGCCUACCGCUUCCGGCCCAACCCGCUGAAUAACCCGAGACGCCCGUACUAUUAGAAGAUAGACUUCAUUGAAUUAGUUACUUUAAGUUUGCAUGUGUGCAGUGCAUGAACGUUUCCUAUUUGAGGUAAUGAAAUUAUGUUAAGUUUAUUUGAAGCCUAAGAAAAGCAAGUUUUUUUUAUUCGUACAAAAUUUAUUUAGUAUUUUAUAUAAUAGUAUAUGUAAUGUAUGUAUGUCAAAGGUAAUAAGCGCAAUGUCUAAUGUCUAGUUAUAUUACGUUUCCACGAAGAAAACGUCACGUUUUUCUUGGUUUUAAAGGUUACUUUGGUCGAUUUGGUUUCAUGAAAAAUAAAAUUAGAAUUAGUAUAGUGAAAAAUUAGGAUAAUAUUUGUGCAGUUUAGAACAUUUCCCCAAGAUUGUCGAUAUCUGAUGAAUAAAGAAUUAAUUGCAGCCUAAGUACCAUUUUACAAUUAUGUUUAUUUAACAUACAUAGAUUUGUACUUAGAUGUACUGUUGUUAUAAUAUGAAAUAAACAUUUUUGAAACUCUAA